CAUCAAUAACUGGAUAAUUUAUUUGGAUAAUUAUUUAAGGCUUUUUAUUUCGUUCUUUGGAGUCGCUGGCAUCUCUGAUCCUAAGCAGUCAUGCCUGGGGUUCGUAGGAAGAAAGGGGCUGCCAAAGACCCGGGGCUGGAGACCGAAGCCCUGCAUCUCCCAGGACCCGACUCCAGUGACCCUAUAGAGCCUUCCUCAGAAAUAUCCAUCCCUGAAAUGGAUAACGAUGACAGCGACUUUGAAGAGCCUAAGGCCCCGGGGAAGGUCAGCAGGAAGAGACAGCCUAAAGGAGACCUAACUAAUCAGCCUGCAAAGAAGGCCAAAAGGGGAGGUAAGAAGAAGGAUGUGGAAGAGAUGCAGUCAGGAGAUGACACUGGAAGCCUGUUUGAUGUUGUCAAGGGAGGCAAAUCUUCACUACAGGCUGUGGUGGAUGAAUGGAUUGAAUCGUACAAGAGUGACCGUGACCAGGCUCUGUUGGAACUGAUCCAGUUCUUCAUCCAAUGCUCUGGCUGUAAAGGAAAGAUCUCCCCAUACAUGUAUGGCAACAUGGAGCAUGCCGAGAUCAUCCGGAAAAUGACAGAGGAGUUUGAUGAGGAGAGUGGUGAUUACCCUUUGAUCAUGACAGGCCCCAUGUACAAGAAGUUCAAGACGAACUACUGUGAGCUGGUGCAGGUCCUUGUGAGGCAGUGUCAGUACAGCAUCAUCUACGACCAGUACAUGAUGGAUAACGUAAUAUCCUUGCUGACAGGGCUAACAGACUCCCAGGUCCGUGCCUUCAGGCACACCAGCACACUUGCAGCCAUGAAGCUCAUGACAGCAUUAGUGGAUGUUGCCCUGAACCUGAGUAUCAACCUAGACAACACCCAGAGACAGUAUGAGGCGGAGCGUCAGAAGAACCAAUCAAAACGGGCCGGAGAGAGGUUGGAGCUUCUAAUGUCGAAACGACAAGAGUUGGAAGAAAAUCAAGAGGAAAUCCGGAACAUGUUGACCUACAUUUUCAAGGGUGUUUUUGUCCACAGAUACAGAGACACGCAGCCUGAGAUCAGAGGUAUCUGUAUGGCAGAGAUCGGUGUAUGGAUGAAGAAAUAUCCCAACAUGUUUCUUGAUGAUGCCUACCUCAAGUAUGUGGGCUGGACGCUAUAUGAUAAGACUGGAGAAGUCCGCCUGUGUUGUCUGAGAAGUCUGCAGCCACUUUACGAGACAGAAGACUUGGCUACAAAGAUGGAACUGUUUACCAACAGGUUCAAGGACCGUAUUGUGGAGAUGACGUUGGACAAGGAGUAUGACGUGGCAGUGCAAGCUGUCAAGCUGGUCAUCAGUGUUCUGAGGUUUAACGAAAACGUGCUAUCAGACAAAGAUUGUGAGAAUGUCUAUGAGUUGGUGUACUCCUCCCACCGUCAUGUCGCUCAGGCCGCCGGAGAGUUCCUCAACAACAAGCUGUUCCAGAGAGAUGAUGAGGCAACGAAGAACCUCAAGUCGAAGAAAGGAAAGAAGCGAAGCCCUAACACACCUCUAAUCAGAGAUCUGGUUCAGUUCUUCAUUGAGAGCGAGCUUCACGAGCACGGGGCGUACCUGGUCGACAGUCUGUGGGACAUUAAUGAGAUGAUCAAAGACUGGGAGUGCAUGACAGAUUUACUGCUGGAAGAGGCCGGCAAGGGGGAGGAACCCCUGGAUGACCGACAGGAGACCAGCCUGAUAGAGAUCAUGGUUUGCUGUGUUAAACAGGCAGCUACUGGGGAAUCUCCCGUUGGCAGGGGUCCCAACAGAAAGCUGACAGUAAAAGAAGUGAAGCAGGUAUCAGAGGAGAAGACGAAGCUAACAGAACACUUUAUUGUCACAUUACCUCAACUCUUAGCCAAGUACCUGAUGGAUGCAGAAAAGGUGACAAACCUCUUACAAAUUCCUCAAUACUUUGACCUGGAGAUCUACACAACCAGUCGCCAGGAAAAGAGUUUGGAAGCUUUACUAAGAUAUCUACACGAGAUAGUGGAAAAGCACACAGACAUGGAGGUUUUGGAAGCUUGUUCCAAAGUGUUCGAGUCAUUGUGUUCAGAUGAGUUUGCAAUUGCCGGGAAAUGCGAUGUGGCACGCAGCACACUUAUAGACAGUCUGGCGGUAAAGUUCAAGGAAGCCAUGCAGGAUUUCUUUGCUGAGGGGGAGCAGCCAGACGAUGACGACACAUUUACCCUGGUGGCUAGCCUGAAGAGAAUCUAUGCUUUUUACAACUGUCACAACCUAUCCAGCUGGAAUCUAUGGGAUGACCUCUUCCACAUCGUCAGGACAGCCAGUGAGAACAAUGCUAUACCCGAGGAGGUUGUCUGUAAGUCAAUCGCGGCCUGCUCCAUGGCUGUGCUCUGGUACCUGCAGAAAGUUGACGGUGAAGCCAGCCCGGACAAGAAUGAGGUGCUCCUGUUGAAGAAGAGGUUAGAACAGUUAAUGAGGCACUCUCAGGAGUUGCUGUUCCACCCAGUCAACAGGGUAGACGAAGAGGCAUUCAUCACUAUCUGUGACUUGUUGGUGGUGUUCAGCAAGCAGAUAGCGGAGACAAAUCCUCUGCUUAAGUGCCUAGUGUAUGAGUCUGACAAAAAUCUGCAGGGCCAGCUUAGUGGCUUCCUCACAGACAAAGUUUUUGUGGAGGAUGACGAUGAUGAUCUCGAUGAAAAUGUGAAGAUUGAAGAACUGCACAAGAAGAGGAAUUUCCUGGCUUCAUUCUGUAAACUCAUCGUCUACAACAUUGUCCACAUUCGCACGGCGGCUGAGAUGUUCAAACACUACAUGAAGUUUUACAAUGAUUAUGGCGAUAUUAUCAAGGCUACAUUGAGCAAAGCUCGGGAGAUCAACAAAGUGGCCACUGCCAAGACUCUUGUACUCAGUCUGACACAGAUGUUCAAGGACGUUCAGAGUGAACAGCAGACAAUUGACCGCUCGUCAGACAGCUUCCAGUCUAUUAAGGAGUUGGCGAGGAGGUUUGCUCUGUCCUUCGGUUUAGACCAGCUGAAAAAUCGAGAAGCAGUGGCUGCCCUGCAUAAGGAGGGCAUAGUGUUCAGUUUGACAGGCCAGGAGAACCCCCCGACCUCAGACAAUCCGCCACCAAACCUGCCGUUCUUGGAGAUCCUCUCUGAAUUCACCAACAAGCUGAUGAAACAGGACAAGAAGACAGUGGUAAACUAUUUGGACAAGAGUCUGUCAGGGGGUGUGCCUAGUAACCGUGGUGAUGAUUGGCAACCUCUGUUGACCUAUCGGAACAGCUUGGUCCAAGGGGAGGCUGAAAUUCAUCCAAUCACACUCAGACCUGCCAUUCCAGCCAAACCAGUAUCAAGAGGCAUGAAGAGGAAACAACCAGAUGGGUCAGUGCAUGAUGAUAACCAGUGGGGAAGUAAAGAAGGACGGAGAACCUCCUGCUGGCAUGGUUGGCCAGCCUCAGUUGUCUAAACAGCGACGGCUAGAGGAUGAGCAAAGUAUCAGCUCAGAGCAGGGCUCAGAAAAAGACUUUGAGGACCCUGGCAUGGCGAUGUCUCAGAUGUCACAGAUGUCCUGGAUGGCGAGCCAGCAACAUCAGCGAGAACUUCAGCGGAGGUCAGAGGUUAACUACAGUCGGCAGAGCAGGAUGGGAAACCU